UACCUACACAUAACUUCUUAGACGCGACCAAUUUAUACCAACACCUCUUCAUCUACCAAUACCUUUUAAACUCACCAAGAUCAAUUAAAAGUUUUCUGCAUGGGUCCAGUGAGCAACACCUAUUUAUAGAUCCGUUCUUGGCAUAUCCAGAAUAUAUUACGGAGUCCACGAAUUCUGACCAUCAUUUCUGAUGGCUAACUUGGUUGCACGAUAACAAACGGGGGAUGUUGGUAAUGCAAUGAACACACAAAUGUGUUCAUUGCGAGUGAGUUCUGGUGUUUCCCUUAGCAUUUUGAAGGGCAAGGCAUUGGGCGUGGUCUGUGGUAGUGUCUCACCGUGGACUUGUGGAGACCAAUACUGGAGACGGAGAGGAGGGGAAGAAAAUGGACGAGGAUUUGGGGGCCUUCGACCCCACCAUACCGGAGGAGGGCCCGUCGGCGCCCCCUGCUGGCUGGCUGGAUGAUGUGCAGGGAUACCAGGGCCAUGGAGGGGCAGACCCAGCCCAUAACCCCCUGUAUCCCCCCCCUCCGGCCUACAGCCCUCAGCCUGAGCUCAACAGGAACACCUCGGUGCCUGAAGUCAGGGUGCCGGUGGUGUCGGAGGACGAGGCCCGGACCGCUCUGCUGCAGUUUGUGGAGAGCAAGUGGAACUACAGCACCAAGCCGGCCAGGAACAUGACCUUCAGGACCCUGCAACCCGUGGUGGUCUACAGGGUCCGCAUGGGUCUGAUGGACCCCGAGUACUUCCUGAGCCGCGUGGAGAGCCACCCCCUGGUGCGGCGCGACGCGCGCUGCAGCCCCGCCGUCACCGCCGUGCUGCGGCUCAUCGGCGCCUGCGACGCCAGCGCCCGCCUGGACGUCCUCAACCCCCUGACGCGCCCCCGCCUGCCGCCCGCCGUGCUGCUGGCCGUGGGCGGCUGGAGCGGCGGCGCCCCCACCGGCAGCGUGGAGUCGUACGACGAGCGCGCCGACCGCUGGGUGGGCGUGCCCGUCGAGGGGGAGGAGCCCAGGGCGUACCACGGCGUGGUCGUGCUCGGCGACGCCCUCUACUGCGUGGGCGGCUUCGACGGCGUCCAGUACUUCAACAGCGUGCGGCGCUUCGACCUGGCGGCCUGCCACUGGCGCCCAGCGGCGCCCAUGCACGCCCGGCGCUGCUACGUGAGCGUGGCGGCGCUGGACGGCUGCGUCUACGCCAUGGGCGGCUACGACGGCCACGAGCGGCUCAGCAGCCUGGAGCGCUACCGCCCCCACGGGAACCAGUGGACGCCGCUGGCCGCCAUGAGCGAGGCCCGCAGCGACGCCAGCGCCACCACGCUCCACGGCAAGGUGUACAUCUGCGGGGGGUUCAACGGCUCCGUGUGUCUGGAGAGCGCCGAGUGCUACGACCCGCGGGCCGACCAGUGGACCCUCCUCCCCCCCAUGGGCGGGCCCCGCAGCGGGGUGGGGGUCGCGGCCUACAGGGACCAGGUCUACGCGCUGGGGGGCUUCGACGGCGUGGACCGCCUGCUCAGCGUGGAGGCGUUCAGCCCGGGCGCCGCCGCGUGGCGCCCGGCACCCGCAAUGCUCGGCCCGCGCAGUAACUUCGGCGUGGAGGUGCUGGAGGGCCGGCUGUACGUGGCGGGCGGCUUCAACGGCCACAGCACCUCCUUCAGCGUAGAGCGCUACGACGGCGCCACGGGGGCGUGGAGCGCCGUGCGCGACAUGGCCGUGCACCGCAGCGCGCUGAGCUGCUGCGUGGUCACCGGCCUGGCCGACGUGGCCGAAUACGCCUUCCCGCGCCCCCCGCCGGCCCCGCCCACACUCCCCGACGCCCGCGAAGACUUUGAUUAA